CUUCCAGUAUUGAUUUGCCGUCUUAUAAAAAGAAAAGAAAAAUUAAAAAGAGAAAAAAAAAAAAUCCCCGAAAGCCGCCAUUUCAAAACCUCCCAAACAGCUCUCUAUCAGGUGCUUUCAUUUUAGAGGGAGCAAGUGUUUGCAGGCGAGAGGUUCAGAUUUUAACGAAAUUGAUUGUGGAAAUGGUUAAAAAGAGUAAAAGCAGCGGUCUCCACGGAGCUUUUUGACACAGUUAGAGAAUCUAAACCCUAAUUUUUGGAUGAGGUCAUAUUUGGAUGAUUCAGAGAGUUUCACACAAUUUUACUUGCUAGUAAAAUGAAAUCAAGAACUAAUGGGAUCCCUAGAGGUCAGAAGGAAAGAAACUUUCACGGUGAGGGACCCAAUUGGAUUUUGAUUGCUGGUGGUGCCUUGUUAAGCACAUUGUCAAUUCGCCUUGGUUACAAGCUGAAGCAGACACUAGAAUCAAAGCAACAGACAAAUGCUAGUAAUGGGAAUGGGAAAUCAUCGGAGAGGAGGAGGACAGGAGGUUGCCAUGUGCAUUCAAACAUGUACUCCUUUACACAGGAUGAUGAUGGUUGCUUCAACUGCAUAUCUGGGAAUGAAGGCAUUGCAGAUUUGAAGCACCACCCUAGUGACCAGAUGUUAUCUGAGUCUGAUGUUUCUCUUCCUUUGGUGACAGUUCCUGGACCUGAAUUUACCAGGGAAAAUGGUGUUAUGUGGAUUUCAUCUCCUGAUCGCCUUGAGUUGCCUCCAAAGCCAUUCCACCAUUCAAAUUGUUCUGAUUCACCAUGUGUCUCAGAAUCUGGCUCUGAUAUCUUCAGCAAGCGAGAAGUGAUACAUAAGCUAAGGCAACAAUUGAAGAGAAGAGAUGACAUGAUAAUGGAGAUGCAGGAUCAGAUUGUUGAGUUGCAAAGUUCAUUAAAUGCUCACCUAGCACAUUCAACAAAUCUGCAAUCACAGCUUGAUACAGCUAACAGGGAAUUGUUUGAUUCCGAGAAAGAAAUUCAAAGGCUGAGGAAGGCAAUUGCUGAUCACUGUGUAAAACACGUGGCCACCAAUGAAAAACCCUCAACAGUUACCAUAUGGCCAUCUGAGGUGAGAAAUGGUCAUGCAAAUGGGUAUUUGGAUAGAGAGAACAGUUUUGAUUUAUCAGAAAAGGGAAGGGCGGGAGAUGGGGAGAGGAUUGAGAUGCUGAAGAGGGAAGUAGGAGAGUUGAAGGAAGUGAUAGAAGGGAAAGAGUAUUUGUUGCAGAGCUACAAGGAGCAGAAGGCAGAACUGUCCAUGAAGAUUAAGGAAAUGCAGCAGAGAUUGGAUUCUAAUCUUCCUAAUAUUUUGUAGGCGUUAUUAGGUUUUGUGCAUUCUUGGUUUUCUUUUCUUUUCUUUUUUUUUUUUCUAGUUCAUUUCUUUGAUUUCAGGUUCCAUAUCUGGGAGAAGUUUCUUUCUUUUUUCUCUCUUUUUUUUUCACACCCUCCUUUCUUUUCUUUAUACGUCUUUGGUUGAGUUUGGAAUAUUUGUUUGGUUUUGUUUGCUUGCUCGAAGUAUGCAAAGAUGAGGGGGCAAGAACCGAGAGAAAGAGAGGGAGGGGCAGGCAAGGCAAGGCAAUGCCGUGCAAAAGUAAACCAGUGUAAUUUAAUGACCUAUGGCUUGGGUAAAUAUUUGCUCCCUAUUGAAAUCUGAAAUAGUUUUAACAGACGGUUUGGUGUAUUCUCUUCAAGUCUUCAUUUA